GGAGGGCAGCGCGCCGGCGCACGAGCGGAGCGGGGUCCCGGCGCCAUGGGGCAGCCGGGGCCGGGGCUAGUACUGGCGGCCGCCGCUUGCUGGGUGCUGCUGGGCGGGGGCGCGGCAGAUGCAAAAUGGGGAAAAAUUAUUGACCAGAUUAACAGUGCUCUAGAAAGGUACCAGCCCUGCAUACAAGAGAAUUGCAGUUGCCACCGAAGUGUUUGGAAACAGGACCUGGCUCCCUUUCGAGAGGGUAUCUCCAAGGAGCUGCUGUCAAGUGUGGUUAGCCGAAAGCUUGGGACACACUACCAGAUCAUUGAUAACAAGUUAUACCGGGAGCAUGAUUGCAUGUUCCCUGCAAGGUGUAGUGGGGUUGAGCACUUCAUUCUGGAAAUCAUUGAUCACCUCCCCAACAUGGAGAUGGUGAUCAAUGUGCGUGAUUACCCCCAGGUCCCCACAUGGAUGAAACCCAUCAUCCCAGUCUUCUCCUUCAGUAAGACCUCUGAGUACCGUGAUAUCAUGUACCCUGCCUGGACGUUUUGGGAAGGGGGGCCAGCUGUGUGGCCAAUUUACCCAACAGGCCUUGGACGCUGGGACCAAAUGAGAGAAGAUCUCCAAAGAUCUGCAGAAAAAUGGCCCUGGAAGGAAAAGCUAUCCAAAGGAUAUUUCCGAGGAUCCAGAACAAGUCCUGAGAGAGAUCCCCUUAUUCUUUUGUCUCGAGAAAACCCUGAACUCGUUGAUGCAGAAUACACAAAAAACCAGGCCUGGAAAUCUGAAAAAGACACUCUUGGGAAACCCCCAGCUAAGGAAAUUCCACUGGUUGAUCACUGCAAAUACAAAUACCUUUUUAAUUUUCGUGGGGUGGCAGCCAGCUUCCGUCUCAAACAUCUCUUCCUGUGUGGCUCACUUGUCUUUCAUGUGGGUGAGGAGUGGCUGGAGUUUUUCUACCCACAGCUGAAGCCUUGGGUUCACUACAUCCCUGUUAAAUCAGACCUCUCUGAUGUCAGGGAACUGUUGCAGUUUGUGAAGGAAAAUGAUGAUAUAGCACAAGAAAUUUCAGAGCGAGGGCGCCAGUUCAUCACAGACCACUUGCGGAUGGAGGAUGUCUCUUGUUACUGGGAGAAUCUGCUGACUGAAUAUUCUAAAACCCUGACUUACAGAGUUAAAAGGAAGAAGAACUACGAUGUUGUCUCCAAACAUUUGAAAACGGAGCUUUAAAAGGCUAUUAUGGUUCUCUCCAAUUCAAGGCCUGUAGCUGGUGAUCACUGUGGAAAUCCAAAGAUUACAUAUCUUCUCUUAGAUUCCUUUCAACACAGCCCAUACACUAAAACUAUAGUAAACAGAAGAAUUGGAACUUAACAUAAUUCCUGUAUGAUCUGAUCUCAUCACACAAUAUCUAUAACACCAUUAGCUAGGCUUAAACUCCUAGAUAAGAUAGAUAAAUAAUGAAGUGACUAUGUUUAGUGUUCAGAGCAGGGAACUGGGUGCUGCUACCACCUACCUCUGACUCGCUAUGGACCUGACCUAAACUCCAUUGCAGUCCAUGGAAUCCUUGGGGUUAUAACACCUCUGUGACUGUGGGCACAUCAUUUAGUCCCCCUGUACCUCCCUUGUACUACUAUUUUUGGCAAAUUGUCACCAUUAUUUUAGUAAUGUGAUGAUGGUCAGGGGACAGGCAUUUCUUGUCAGCAGCAGAGAUUGGGGGUUUAGGUUAGUUUUAUGGGUAAUUUAGAAUAUAAUUUUUUUUGUAGGUUUAUGUAAUUUUGUAAGAGCUCAGAUGCUCAGGCCAAGAUGGGCAGUUGAACACUUGUGCAAACUUCCUACCUCAUAACCCAUGUGUGUAAUGUUUAUAGCAUGCACUGUAGUCCUGAGGUGAGGGGGGCAGUUGUAACGCAGUGUUCUCACUUUGAAUACAGCUCUCCUUUACUUGCAUUUGCUUUUAAGGGCUGCAUCCAGACAAGCAUGGCCAUACAGUAUGUGGCACCGCAGACCCGUCCAUGGUGCCACACACCGCACGUUUUGGCAUUCCCUGCGCUGCCACUACCUUGCAGCAUGGGGGGUGGUUUUUUGAACCCUGAAGAUCCAGGGGGCAAAAAAACUGGCACAGAAAAAAAAGAGUGGUGCAUGUGGAGGCAGCACACAGUGCCCAAAAUGAGCCUGGCCAGCUGGAGGUGUACCUGCAGGAUCCCAGGUAAGAUUUCGUAGACAUUAGGGCUGGAAGGGGCCUCACUACAUCAUCAUCCAGCCCCCUGUCCAAGGGGCAGGAAGUCAGCUGGAGCAAAUGAUCCCAGCAAAAUAGGCAUGCAGGUGUUUCUUGAAAGUGUCCAAAGUAGGUGCUUGCACCACCUUGGGGGGAGUCUAUUCCAGGCAGCUGGGGCCAGCACAGUUGCUGGCCCUAGCCUCCCCUACCCCAUCCAGGGUAACCUGCCACCCACUGAGGGGUGCAUGGAAUGGGCGUUUCCCAGGGACAACUAGCAAUGACACAAGGUAUGCCGCUGAUAGUUAUCCCUGGGGAACCAAAGUUCCUGCUUAUCUGGACACAGCCAAGGUCUUGCAGUAAGGCCACACUUUCUGACCUAGGAUUGCUGAAUGGAGAUUUUAUUCUGUACAUUCCUUUGGAUGCUUAUCUUAAAUGUGUGUCUGUGUCUCUCCUUUUGUAUCCAUGUAAUCUCUUUACAAAUGCUGUCAGCUUGGCUGACUCCCAGAACACUAGUUUUGGCUGUGAAUGGUUGAGUGUCAGUGGGAUUCUCCUCUUUACAGCCUCUGAAGAGUACACAGCAGAGUGAAGCAAAGUGCUAAGACUGGUCUGAAACACAACAGUGGGGAAAAAGGAGACCGAGGCAACAGCUUACUCUCUCCUCCUUUGGCAAGUAUGUCAGAGGAGGAGAAAACGCACAAUCUCAUCAUCCUGAUAAACUAUGGGGCUGCAAAUUUUGAGCACCUGCCUGACCAUGCUGCCUGGAAAGCACUGCUAGCUCCUAGAACAAGGCACUGUGGACCAGACAUGGUAGCUAGAGCACCAGUUGCAGGGCCACUGGUUGGACUGAUAUAAUUCCAGCACAUAAAAUAAUUAAAUCAGAUUUUAAAAUUAACUUGAUAAGUGAAGAACUGUCCAGUAGUGGAUUUUUGUUGUUGUUGUUAAAAGCUUGUAUGAUCGUUUUUAAAGAGGAGUCAGUUAUCUCGAAUGAUGAAACCGAUUAUUAACCAUAUUUUUUUUAAACUUAUUUUUUGUUUUUAAGCGCUUUUAGAUUAAAAACGAACAAACUCCUG